ACUCCUAAGGAUUCAAAGUUCCGUUCUCCAAUAAACCCUGCUAUUGUCGAGGAGGAUGUGGGAUAUGAGUCGGAUGGUGAUAUUCGCGGGGCGAAUAUGAGAGUUCCCCCAAACCCCCAGAAGGCAAGGCCCAAGUUCCUACGAGUGGACACAAAACAACGCAAACGAGCUGCUUCCAUCCUGUCCCUCCACCCGUUUAGUGUUACCACUAAAGCCAUCGCUCCUAACUCAAAUACUACUCACAAACGCUCGCUCGCUUGUCUUGAUACUAUUUCUAACACACGCGCUGUUCCGGAUUAUGAACUCAUCACUAUGACGCUAUCAAAGCCGCCUGCUGGACUUGGCCUGGCUCUACCGUCAGCAUAUCUUUCGAAGCCCAUUCCUCGCGCUUGCACAAUGCCAGCCAUCAAGUCUUCCUCUGGACAUAAUUUGAAAGACUCAGCUCCGGGUCGCCCGCCAAACCUGCCGCCGCAGAGUUCCCAUCUGCGUGAGCCACCGAAGGUUUACCUUCGCCCCAUAGAACUUCCUAGCACACCCUCCCCUAUGGAGUACCUGCCCCCAAGCAUCAUUGUGUGUGAGGGUCUGAGUGGAGUGGUUAAGCAAUCAUCGUCUGUGCUUCCUUCGCCUCCCGAAGGAUUGUCACCACUUUGGACGCUCCCUCCCCUUAUUGGCUUCGCACCGCCUGAAACAAUGCCUCAGAGUCCGCUUCUACUUGGUGAGGGCAGUGGUGGAGGCUGGAACCCAUACUUCCCUUCUAUCUAGCGCCAUUGAACAACCCGCGCGCCAAAUCUAGAUGAUAGCUUUGAAAGUACAUAUAGAUAACAACCUGUUCACGUGUAUUUAAAUAAACAACAACUGCAACAUAGA